AUGCUAGACAUUGCAACAAUUCUUGGAAAAUCAACAGGUUUAGCCCUUGUAGAUUGCACAGCCAGUUCCGAGACUAUUGGAGUGCUAAAAGGAGUAGACCUGGGGAGGAUUAUGACAAAUUGGUUUCACAUCCUCGACACACACAGAAUGAGUAACUGUACAUUGGGUUAUUUAAUGAACGAGGUUGAAGACUGCAAGCCAUUGAGCCAAGUCGUUAGAUCUGCUAAAAGCUUGGGAUACACCGAACCAGAUCCACGAGAUGACCUUAGUGGAAUGGAUGUUGCAAGGAAGUUUCAAAUGAAUAUGUUUUCCAUGUUCUUGAUUAGUACUCUGUUUUUCUCAGAUAUGAAUAGGUUUAAUUUCAAGUUGGCGCUUCAACAUUUGCCAGUUGGUUUUAAGUUGGAUGCUAAACACGAUAUUGCAAUUGUAACUGAACCUUGCUCUUUGCUCAGUGCAUUGAGCUCAGUCAGGAUAAAGGGGUAUACUUUGGGAGGGAGGAGUUUAAAAAUGAACUGGUGUGACGUUGGAAUUCAAGAACUUCCUAAAAAUUCUGCUUUGGGAAGAUUGAGAGGAAGUGACAAUAUGCUAGAAAUAUAUAGUCAAUGUUAUAGCGAACAGCCCUUAGUUAUUCAAGGCGCGGGAGCCGGGAAUGAUACUACUGCUGCCGGUGUGCUUGCGGACAUCCUUGACAUUCAGAAUCUAUUUCCCUUAAAGGAAUCAGGUUCAUCAACUUGA